AUGGUGCCGCUGUCGACGAUGUUUCGAUUUUACGAGCCGGUGGACAUGGCGCUGCUCGCGGCCGGGGCGUUGUUCUCGGCGCUGGGCGGAGCGCUUUUCCCGGCCGUCAACGUGGCGUUCGGGAACAUGCUCGAUUCGACGGCGGUGGGGGACGUGGGAUCGAAGAUUAACAACGCGGUGAUCGCGAUGGAAAUCGUGGCGGUGUCUCUUGGAGUGAGCUUGACGCUCGGGUACUGGUUCACGUCGUGGGGGGCGGCGCGCGCGGCGAGAAAUAUGCGAAGCGCGUUCGUGCGAGCGAUGUUGGCGCAGGAUAUCAACUUUUUUGAAAGCAAAAAGGCCGGGGAAAUCGCGACUCUCACGGGGGCAACCGUGAACGACUUUCAAACGGGAAUGUCGAAGAAAUUUGCGGAGCUCAUUCAGAGUGGCUUCAGUAUGGCUGGUGGCUUUGGCGUCGGAUUUUACUUCAAUGCCGAAUUAUCCGGCGUGAUUCUCGCCACCGUUCCUCUUCUCGGUUUCGCGACGUUUUUUCUGAUUAAAUCGAUCCAGGAUAUGCAGAAAGGGAACGUGGAGUACGAAAGUGCUGCAGCCGUGGCGACGGAGACCAUCGGAGCCAUUCGCGUGACGAACGCGUUGAAUUAUCAAAACGUCGCGACGAAUCGCUUCAAGGCAAAUUUAGGCAAGGCGCAGCGACACGGCGCAAAGCAAAUUUGGAAAGCGUCUUUCGCGGGUGGGGGGCUCUUUGCUUCGAUGUUCAUCAUGUAUGCCUUAGGUUUGUGGUACGGUGCCAAGCUCAUCGCCGAUAGCGUUCUUGACUCGGCCGCAUCGCCAUGCCUGACGGGCGGUACCAUUGUGAUGGUCUUCUUUUCAAUCUUGUUCGGUGGCUUCGCCCUGGGACAGGCUGGUCCUGCGAUCGAGGCUCUAGCGAAAGCAAGGAUGGCCGCGUUUAAAAUCUACGGCGUCAUCGAUCGCAAACCUGAAAACGGAAUAGACACGCGUAAACCUACAGGCGUCGAUCCAAUCACGCCCAUGCGUGGUGAAAUAGUCUUCAAAGACGUUGACUUUGAGUACUCGCCACAGCGACCAGUGUUCAGCGGUCUCAAUCUCACCAUCGAGGGAGGUGCAGUGGUUGCGCUCGUCGGCGCUUCAGGAUGCGGUAAGAGUACGAUUACGAAGCUCGUCGAACGCUUUUACGACCCGAUGAGCGGUACCAUCUUUCUUGAUGGUGUCGACUUGCGAAAUAUUCGCAUCGAUAAAUUACGCGCGAAUAUUGGCAUCGUCUCUCAGGAACCACUUCUCUUUGAGGCAUCUAUCGCCGACAACAUCGCCGCCGGACGCCCUCAAGCGAUAGGUGGUUCGAAAGCUUCUAUGGACGAAAUCGUCGCUGCCGCCGAAGCAGCGUGCGCGCAUGAAUUCAUCAUGUCGUUUCCGAAUGGAUACAAUACCAUGGUCGGUGGGAAGAACUCCAAACUAUCUGGAGGACAAAAGCAACGCAUCGCCAUCGCCCGCGCCGCGCUGCGCAACCCGGCAAUAUUGAUUCUCGACGAGGCGACUUCAGCGCUCGACACCGAAAAUGAGAUGCUUGUGCAAGACGCUCUCGAUGGAUUAGUGCACUCUGUCGCUGGUGGGCAACGCACUACCAUCGUCAUCGCACACAGAUUGACAACAGUUCGUGACGCCAACAAGAUCGUCGUGCUUGGCAGCAAGGAUGCCGCCGCUGGGUUGGCGGGUGGUGGUGGUGGUGCACAUGGCUCAAUUGUUCUCGAACAGGGCACGCACGACGAGCUCAUGGCGCUCGGCUCAAAGGGCAUGUACAGAAACCUGGUUGGGUUGACCAAGGAUGAUGGCUCUAAGCGCGUCAAGCGAUCUGCGUCACUCUCCUCCUUUCAGUCAGUGCGUCGCGAAACGAGCGAAUUCGGCGAAGAAUUCACAAAGAAAGACGUUCAAGUUACGGCAAAUAAGCCGACCGAGGUGUACAAAGUGAGCGCGGCGCGCGUGUGGAAGUACAGCAAGGAGGACGUUCCUUUGCUCAUCACUGGCAUGUUCUUCGCCAUCGCGAAUGGCUGCGUCAUGCCAUCCGUCGCCUUCGUCUUCGCCGAGCUGUUGACUGUCUUUUACAUGGAUGACAUUACUUACAUGCGAGAAAGAUCCGCUGUUCUUUCGGGUGCGAUGGGUGCCGUCGCCGUCGGAGCGUUUUUGGUAAUGGGAACGCAAGGGGGUAUUUUUGGUAACAUCGGCGAGCGUCUCACGACGCGUUUACGCAUUCACUUAUUCAGAUCAAUCAUGCGCCAAGAUGUUGCCUUCUUUGACGAGAAGGAGAACACCGUUGGCGCGUUGACGACACUUCUCCAAGCCGACACGACAAAAGUUCGCACUAUGACGGGUCAAAGUUUUGGAAGCGUGAUUCAAGCCGCCGCCGCGCUUACGUUUGGUCUCACUGUGAGCCUCACAGCGUCGUGGAAGUACGGUCUCGUGCUGCUUGCAUGCGUUCCCGUUUUGAGUAUCGGUGAAAUGCUGAAUAUGAAAAAUCUUGCUGAUAGCACGUCGCUGGACGAAACCGUCGCCGAAGGUUCCGCUCGGGUGUCCGAGACGGUGACGAUGAUUAAAGACGUACACGCCUUCGGUCUUGAGGAUAAAAUGGCGGAGAAUUACGAUGCAGCUAUAUCGACGACGACGGCGGAAGAGCGACGCAAGGCUUUGCGCACUGGUGGUUCGUUUGGCCUCGCGCAAGCUUUGACGAUGGGCUUCUACGGGUUCGCCUUUUGGUGGGGUGGGCAGUUGAUCGGCAAAGGAGAGCUCACUUUCAUGGAUUUCAUGAAGUCGCUUUGGGCGCUGGGCUUCUGCGCUGCAGGCGCGGGGCAAGCGGCUACUUUUGCCGGCGAUAAUCGCGAUGGCACGGCAUCGGCCGGGCGUAUUUUCAAGAUGAUCGAUCGCGUGCCGCCGGUGAACGCGCAACCGUUCAUUCAAUUUGGCAAAGUCAUCGACAACUUGAAGGGAAAGAUCGAGUUCAAGGGCGUGUUCUUUAGCUACCCAACUCGUGAUGCGCCAGUUCUUGGGGGAUUGGACCUCCAAGUGAAUCCGGGGCAGACUGUGGCGCUGAUCGGGCAAUCAGGAAGCGGUAAGUCGACGGCGAUUCAACUCCUCGAACGGUUUUAUGAAAUCGUUCGCGUCACGGGUAAGAUUUACAUCGAUGGCGUCGAUCUCUCUGAGUUAGACUUGAUGUGGUUCAGAAGCAAUGUGGGUUUAGUCGAGCAAGAACCGACGCUCUUUUCAGGAAGCGUGCACGAUAACAUCGCGGCGGGCAUGCCCGGCGGCAUCGCAACUCGCGACCAAGUCAUCGCUGCGGCGAAAACAGCCAAUGCACACGAAUUCAUCGUUCGCAUGCCCGACGGUUACGAUUCCGACGUCGGCAUCGGUGGUGGCCGUGUCUCUGGGGGCCAAAAGCAGCGCAUCUCCAUCGCGCGUGCCAUCGUCAACGAUCCCCGCAUCUUACUCCUCGACGAAGCUACCUCGGCGCUCGAUAACGAGUCAGAACGUCUCGUUCAAGCCGCUCUUGACGGUUUACUCGCCGACGGCAGCAAGCGCUCGACAAUCGUCAUCGCCCAUCGCCUGUCGACGAUUCGAAACGCCGACAAGAUUUUCCUGCUCGAAAAUGUCGACAACGCCGGCGGCGUCGUCGCCGAGAGCGGCACUCACGCCGAGCUCAUCCGCGCCGGCGGCAAAUAUAAAGCAUUGACGUCUGCAUACGACCAGUGAUCGUGUCUUGUAAAUCACGCAC